GUCCUCUCCAAACCUAACGGUCUGUCUCUUCCCCCCUCACCCCUCACAACAAACAACAAACCCAAGCAUGUCCUCCCACACUCUCUACGACGGCACCAUCGCCGUCGCCAUCUCCAUCCUCAAAACCCUGUCGCACAUCCUCCGCCUUGCCGAGCAACAACGCCCCUCUGCCACCACUGCCCUCCUGCAGGACGCUCGCCUCCACGAGGACAUGUACCCCCUCGCCGACCAGAUCCGCCUGGCCACCCAAUUCUCCGAGUACCUCGUUGCCCGACUCACCGGGCGCGAGCCCGUCACCUUGCCGGGCAACCCCAGCUCGUUUGCGGAGGGCUUCGAGCGGAUCGAGGGCGUGCUGAAGACGCUCGGCGAGGCGGACAAGGACCGCGUGAACGAGGAAGGCGAGAAGGUCAAGAUGACGCCGAUGGGGCCCGAGGCGGCCGUCCCGAUGAGUGGGGCGGCGUAUGCGCAUAGCGUCGUCCUGCCCAACGUUUACUUCCAUUUGACGACGGCGUAUGGCAUUCUGCGCAAGGCGGGCAUUCCCUUGGGGAAGAAGGAUUAUUAUGCUGGGUUCUUUCCGGAUCUGGUAGCUAAGAGGGAUGAUUGAUUUUUUGUAUAUUACAAAGGAUAUGGGAUAUGGGGCAGAGGGGUGUCUUUUGUUGGAAUGUAUAUAUGUCUUUCUUGCUAUGUGUUGAUGCUAGCUAUCUGAUGGACAGUAUCAGGGGAAGUAAAGUGCCACAGAAAUCAAGGUCCAUGACAACUACAUGGCAUUUUGUCCAAUUA